UAUUUCAGCUUCCUGGAGACGGGCUGCGCUGUGUCGGUUGUUAAGCAUGGCUGCGCUGCUCCGGGUAUUAAUUUUGGCCGGUUUGUUUUGCGGGUUCUGGGCGAAAUCUGGCGGAUUUAACAGCUCAGUUUUAGACCAGAACCGGACCAGGUUCGGCUGGGAUGAGUCUGAUAAUGUAACGGAGGAGACCGGGGAAGAAAACUACACUUUAGCUCCGGUAUCGAUGCCCGCAGCGUCUCCAGUCGAGCCCAGCACCGCCUUUCCCGAAACGGAGAUUCCAGAACCCACAGCCGAGCCGGACCUAGCCCGGGCCGGCACCGCAGCCCUGCCCUUACCGCUGUCUGGAUCCCUACCCGCACCCGUUACCCGAGUAUCAGAUCUGUGCCCGUGUGAUGUUCAGAGUGAUCAGUGUGAGGUGAACUGCUGCUGUGACCCGGACUGCUCUCAGGAACGGCCCCUGUUCACCCGCUGCUCCGUCCAGAAAGUCACUGGAGACCCCAGACUGUGCACUCAGGAUGCAGCUCUGUACUCCCUCCGCACCACAGCAGAGGGGUUUUCAGCAGUGCAGACGUCCGUCCAGCGCCAGAUCAACCCUGAUGUUUUCUGUAUACAGACCGCUAACUAUGAACAGGGCCUGUCCUUCGUCACUCCGAACACUCCCACAGAGCAGAAUUUCGAUUAUCUCUUUAAUCAAUUUGUGGGAUUCUUCUUCGGGGGCUCUGGUGGGAAGGGCAGUGCACUGCAGACGCCUGGACAGGGAAACUCUCCAGGAUAUUUGUAUGGAGACAUCAUGCGGACGGAGGACCAGGCUGGACAGACAGACUUCUUCAGGUUACCAGCUUCGGCUGGGACAGCAAACUGCCUGGACUCAAACCCAGCAGCGUUUCUGAAGGAUGAGACGAGCAGAUGUGUGAGGAGUUUUAGUUUGGCACAGGACUGCACCACUUUACCAGCUCUGAGCUUUCAGACCUACACCAGCUUCCGCAUCUUCUCUGGGAAGGACACUGAAGCUAAUCUGGUGGCAGUGGGGGUGGAGGCUGUGACCCUGCAGGCGGUUGAUGGUACGCAGACUUUGCUAGUAGAAGCAGCUGCUGAUGUUCCGCUUGAGCCGGAGUUUCUGCAGUCUGCUAAAGUGUGCAAUCAGGUGGUGCUACAGGUGAAAUACACAGUGUGGUAUGGUGAAGCUGGUCAGAUAGUGAGGGUAUCUGCAGCGUUUGUGCUCGGUGCAGUCAGUAACUCCAUGCUGCCCAUACAGCAGAACUUCCAGAUCUCCUUCGUUCAGGAGGCCAAAAGUGAUGCAGUGCUUCGCUCCAGUGGUAAUCCUGGUUAUGUGCAGGGGCUCCCCCUGGUGGCAGGAUGGAGAACUGCAGAAGGGAUAAUUCGCAGCACUGAUCCGCAGGGGUCUCUCACUGUACUGCAGAGCUCUGUAGAGCAGGACUGCCUGUUCGGCGUUCCACAGCGUUCCCCGGUUCUGUUCGGAACAGAUACGCUGUCAGGCUGCACCUUCAGGCUGGAAGAUGGAGCUAACUGUUCAUUAGUUUCUGAAGUCAUCUUAGGGACACUAAAGGGCCAGAGUUUUCCGGAAUACGUGGCGACAUUCGGGAAUUCUUUGCCUCAGAACCUCAUGGACUGGGUGCCCAUAGAGAACCAAACCACAGUAACGAGUCUGCAGGAUUGCAGCAUUCCUCUGUCCUAUCAUCUAGAAGUGAGAUGGACCAAGUACGGAACCCUGGUGAACCCCCAGUCCCAGAUUGUGAGCGUGAUGGAAGUAAUCACGUUCAACACCAGCACUUUACCCUCUUCCUCCACUGGUGGCUUAAUACCUGUCAGCAGCUCAGUCAGCUUCAUAGAUGUUUCAGCUUCAGCCAGUCCAGGUUACAGAGCUGCUCCCACCAUCAACGCCAAACUACCCUACGACUUCUUCUUCCCAUUUGUAUGAACAAGAAUCACAGCUGAUACUGGAAAUAUCAGCCUUUUAGAAUUGUUAAUGAAGACCAUUAAAUUAUUUACAUUCUAGGCGAUCAGUUUCCACAACUGAAAGGAGGCUCUAGUUCCCUGUUGGUUCCUCCAUCCGGGAUAUAAGAUGAUUUAAGAUUGAGAUGGUUGGGUAUGAUGGAGGUUCUACAGGUUCUGUAUGCAUCCUGCACAUUAACCCACAGAUGUUGCUACAGCUGGACCUGUAGAUCCUGUAGCUCUUCACUCGUAGGUUGAAGCUGAAGCUGCUCCAUAAAUGCUGGACUGGUGAUAAAUCUGGAGAACAAGCAGGACAAGGAAGGUGAGCAUUAUCCUGCUGAAAGUUAAUGCCAUGUUGGAAGUUCGCUGUUUACUUAUGUCAAUGGGUAUAUCUUUGCUGUCCAAUAAAAAACAAGUAUGUACA